CGGCGCCCCGCGGUCCUCCCCCUGCAGCCCGGGUAACGGGGGCGCCCCCGGUGACCAUGAGAGCUAAGGACUGAGGGCCGGGCAGGGGGACGCGAGCUCGCCGAGCGUGGCGGGGGCUGCUCACGCCGAGGGCCACCGCGGCCGCACUCCAGCCGCGCUCGGUCGCUGCACGCCUCGCGGGGGCCGCAGAGGCAGUCGGGCCGGCGGGGAUGCCGGGGCUGGGGCGGAGGGCGCAGUGGCUGUGCUGGUGGUGGGGGCUGCUGUGCAGCUGCUGCGGGCCCCCGCCGCUCCGGCCGGCCCUGCCCGCCGCCGCCGGGAGCCAGCUGCCCGGGGACGGCGCGAGCCCCGGCCGCCCUGAGCCGCCGCACUCCUCCUCGGGCUUCCUCUACCGGCGCCUCAAGACGCACGAGAAGCGGGAGAUGCAGAAGGAGAUCCUGUCGGUGCUGGGGCUCCCGCACCGGCCGCGGCCCCUGCACGGCCUCCAGCAGCCGCAGCCCCCCGCGCUCCCGCAGCAGCAGCCGCCUGCCGGGGAGCCCCCGCCGGGGAGGCUCAAGUCCGCGCCCCUCUUCAUGCUGGAUCUGUACAACGCCCUGUCGGCCGCCGACGACGAGGACUGGCCGUCGGACGCGGCGAGGCAGCAGCCGGGACCCCGCGGAGGGGCCGGCUCGGCUCAGCCCGGGCAGUCGCUGCCGGGAGCCGCCGCGCACCGCCUCCCCCGCAAGGGCUUCCUGGCCGCGGGACCUGGCGGCGCGUCGCCCCUGACCAGCGCGCAGGACAGCGCCUUCCUCAACGACGCCGACAUGGUCAUGAGCUUUGUGAACCUGGUGGAGUACGACAAGGAGUUCUCCCCUCGCCAGCGGCACCACAAAGAGUUCAAGUUCAACCUAUCCCAGAUUCCUGAGGGUGAGGCGGUGACGGCUGCAGAAUUCCGCAUCUACAAGGACUGUGUUGUGGGGAGUUUUAAAAACCAAACUUUUCUUAUCAGCAUUUACCAAGUCUUGCAGGAGCAUCAGCACAGAGACUCUGACCUGUUUCUGUUGGACACCCGUGUCGUGUGGGCCUCGGAGGAAGGCUGGCUGGAAUUUGACAUCACGGCUACCAGCAAUCUAUGGCUGGUGACCCCGCAGCAUAACCUGGGCCUUCGGCUGAGCGUGGUUACACAGGACGGCCUGCACGUCAGCCCCCGAGCUGCAGGCCUGGUGGGCAGGGACGGCCCCUACGACAAGCAGCCCUUCAUGGUGGCUUUCUUCAGAGUGAGCGAGGUCCACGUGCGCACCACCAGGUCAGCAACCAGCCGGCGCCGGCAGCAGAGUCGCAAUCGCUCUACCCAGGCCCAGGACGUGUCUCGGGUCUCCAGCGCGUCAGAUUACAACAGCAGUGAAUUGAAAACGGCCUGUAGGAAGCAUGAGCUGUAUGUCAGCUUCCAAGACCUCGGGUGGCAGGAUUGGAUCAUCGCACCCAAGGGCUACGCUGCCAAUUACUGUGAUGGAGAAUGCUCCUUCCCUCUCAAUGCACACAUGAACGCCACCAACCACGCCAUCGUGCAGACCCUGGUGCACCUUAUGAAUCCUGAAUAUGUCCCCAAGCCUUGCUGUGCACCAACUAAAUUAAAUGCCAUCUCAGUUCUCUACUUUGAUGACAACUCCAAUGUUAUCCUGAAAAAAUAUCGGAAUAUGGUGGUGAGAGCUUGUGGGUGCCACUGACUUGCUACCAUCUGCAAGGACACAAGUUCCACCUUGGAUUCCUGGUUGCUAUCUGCCUUAGAAGGCAGAGAAAGUGAGCUAAGACUUUGAGUCCGUCUCAUGCUGGUGCCUUACUGCCCCAGGGAAGGCGUGAAGGGGCCUCCUUGGUAACUUGCUUUGAGA